AUGUACAUGUCCUCGGGCCCGCAGUACGGAGGCCCUACAGCACACAAGGGCCGCUACCGCCGCACCAACCACCACAAGGCGCAUCGGCAUCGGCAGGUAUGGACCUCGGACGACACGUACUGGGACGACGGGUGCUGCUCUGACAACUCGGACUGUUGCCUCUGCCUUGCGCUCAACUGCCAGACUCCCGAUGACUGCUCCGGUUGCUGUGACCUGGACAUCAUCUGCAAGCCGUGCACCGCCCCGUGCUCGGCUGCCGAUGACUCGGGCUGCUGCUCGUCGUGCUGCGACUCAUUGCUCCGCAUCCCGGCAGACAUGUGUGACUUUCUCGGUCAGCUCUUCGGCUCGUGCGGCGACGUCUGCUCUUCUUGCUGCGACGGCCUCGGCCAGGUUGACUGUGACUGUCUCUCCGGCUGCGGCGACUGCACAGCAGCUGCGGUCCAUGGCCUUGUGGCCGCCCGCCGGCGCGGGCGCGACGAGCUCGACGCGCUCUUCUUCGACGGCCGGUCGCCGGCGUCGGGCGCGGGGUCGCCGGCGAGCGUCCUCCACCUUGCGAUUCUCGCCUUGCCAAGCCGUGUCGCGGGAGACUGGCCGUGUGUCUACCCACAGGCGAUUGUGCGGGUGACGGCAAGCGCGAUGCGUACGCUCUCGGGCGCAUGCGUCACUUUCAUCACGGCGAAGACCCGAGACGCUCUGGCGCGUGCAGGCCGCGCCGCCGCCGCCGCUGUCCUUGCCCACCACCUCGGCGCCGCGCCACUAGCGGUAGUUCCCGGCGGCCUCAGCGCCUUGCAGCUAGCGGUGGUAAGCGAGGCCGGGCCGAGGGUUGUCCGCCUCCGUGCCCGCCUCCCUCCACCACAGCAUAGCCUCCAGCUCGCAGCGUGGACGACAAACGCGGAGCCACAAGACGACGACAACGCCAUUGGCGGCCCUGUUCCGUUCGAGUUUGAGCCCGAUGCCCCGAGCCCGGCCGAGCUGAGUCUCGACACCCACACCCUGCCCUCGCCACCGCUGCUCCUUCUCCCGCCGCCGCCGCCGCCGCCGUCAUCACCACCGACUGCAGCAGUCUUCCCGACUGUCCGUCUCCAGCCGAUGCGGACUGUCGGCCUCCGGCGCAAGGCAGCGCGGCUCCUCACUGCCACGCUCGCGAGGUCUGGCUCUGCGUCACCAACGGCGCCAGCCAAGCGACGGCGGACGCCGGAUUCUGGCUCGACGCCGCCGCGCAAGCGGCGCCAGCCAUCAUCGCCGCCGGUAUCGCCUCCCUCGCCGGUCAUCACUGUCACCCGCAAGGCCGACGGCCGCUUGUUUGUUUCCGGGUAG